AUGUUGAAGCUCUGUCUACUCGUCCCUCUUGUCGUUUUGGCAUUCCAAGUGGAUAUCUCUUCUGCAUGUGGAUCAUCAACUGAUGCCGAAUAUAUUGCCAAUCCUGUAUUCUCAAUGCAAAUCAGUCCUCCGGUUGGAUGGACUUACUUCCCAGCAACACCUUCUGUUGCCAAUCAAGCUAUUUGGUAUUUUGUGGGACAAUCCAACGACACCUCCACUGCCAAAAACCGAGCGGAUGCUGAGCUCACUGCUGCGAUGCUGGAAGCAUUGGUAGCUGCAAACGUUCAAACACAAGGAGUAACCAUUGCUAAUGACUUCCAACCGAUUCAAGUGGAGAAUCCACAAACGACUACUCCAACCGGAAGUUUGUACGGAAAAGUUGAAGGAGGAGCAUUGGUGGCAACUGCACCAGGAGUUACUACGGGAGCUAUUUUGUCCUACACGCCAUACCAUGUAACUAUGAGAGUCACCGUCAGCAAUGUUGGAGCAACUAGAUUCUACUGGAACAUCGUCCAAAGCACAUUCCUUCAGAAGAUGUCCAUGAACUAUAAGGCACAGUUUGUAGGAGAUGUUACAGUAACCAAAGUAUAA